UCUUUGUGACAUCCUUGUUGGACUUUGUCAGCAGAAAUGUCCCUAUAAAAUGGUUGCCUGUGACUGCAGACACUCACAGCCCCAUCAGCCAUGAGAGCGGUUGUGCUUUUCCUGACUCUGGCCCUUGUGGCUGGUCAAUCCCAUGACUUUGCUCCUGAUUUUGCUGCCGGUAAGACUUAUGUGUACAAGUAUGAGGCAUUGCUCCUGGGUGGUCUGCCGGAGGAAGGUUUGGCAAAAGCCGGGCUCAAAGUCAGCAGCAAAGUUUUAAUCAGUGCUGUAACCCAAAAAGUAUACAUGCUGAAGCUUGUGGACCCUGAGCUCUAUGAGUACAGUGGCAUAUGGCCUAGGGAUCCUUUAAAACCAGCAACCAAGCUAACUUCAGCCCUGGCAGCACAGUUCACGAUUCCCAUCAAGUUUGAGUAUGACAAUGGUGUUGUGGGAAAAAUGUUCGCCCCUGAGGAAAUGUCAACAACAGUGAUGAAUGUAUUCAGAGGUAUCCUGAAUAUCCUUCAGCUCAACAUCAAGAAGACACAGAACAUCUACGAGUUACAGGAGGCCGGAGCUCAGGGUGUGUGCAAGACCUUCUAUGCCCUCACUGAAGACGAAAAGGCUGAUCGCAUCCUUUUGACAAAGACCAGGGAUCUGAACAAUUGUCAGGAGAGGAUCAUGAAGGACAUAGGAACGGCAUACACUGAGAACUGUGCAAAGUGCCAGCAGAAUUCAAAGAACCUGAGAGGAGCUACUGCAUACAGCUACAUCUUGAAGCCAGUUGCUCGUGGAAUCAUGAUCCUGGAGGCAGCUGUCAAUGAGUUGAUUCAGUUCUCACCUUUCUCUGAGAGGAAUGGAGCUGCUCAGAUGCAGACCAAGCAAUCGCUGGUCUACCUUAAGAUUCAGAAAGCCCCUAUUGAACCCAUGGAGGCUCAGUAUCUUCACCGUGGAUCUCUAAAGUAUGAGUUUUCCACUGAGCUUCUUCAGACACCCAUUCAGCUCAUCAGGAUCAACAAUGCACAGGCCCAGAUUGUGGAGAUUCUGAAUCAUCUGGUAGCCAACAACAUGGAGAGAGUCCACGAGGAUGCCCCUCUGAAGUUUUUGGAACUCAUUCAGGUCGCCCGUGCAGCCAGCUCUGAAGACUUGGAAAUGCUCUGGAGCCAAUACAGAACCAAACCUGCCUAUAGACAGUGGCUCUUGGAUACAGUCCCUGCCAUUGGAACUCCUGUUGCUCUAAGAUUCAUCAGGGAGAAAUUCCUGAACGAUGACCUGUCUGUUGCUGAAGCGGCUCAGGCCUUAAUUGCAUCUAUUAACAUGGUGACAGCAGACACUGAGGCCAUCAGGCAGGUUGAGGCCCUGGCAGCUGACAGCAAAAUAGUGAAAAGCCCAGUUCUGCGCAAGAUCGUCCUCCUUGGCUAUGGUACCAUGGUUUCAAAACACUGUGUUGAGAAGACCGUCUGCCCUGCUGAACUUAUAAAGCCCAUCCAGGAUCUCCUUGCAGAGGCUGUCGCUAAAGAUAAUGUCCAGGAUAUCAUCAUGAUUCUCAAGGUUUUGGGUAACGCUGGCCAUCCCGCUAGCCUUAAGCCGAUCACAAAAAUCCUGCCCAUACAUGGCACUGCAGCUGCAUCUCUGCCCAUGCGGGUCCAUGUUGGCGCCAUCAUGGCCUUGAGGAACAUUGCAAAGAAGGAACCCAGAAUGAUCCAGGAAUUGGCUCUUCAACUUUACAUGGACAAGUCUCUUCACCCAGAGCUUCGUAUGCUUGCAUGCAUCGUGCUGUUUGAGACAAGGCCUGCAAUUGGUUUGGUGAUAUCUCUUGCCAACAUUGUGAAGACAGAGAAGAAUCUGCAGGUAGCAAGCUUCACUUAUGCUCACAUGAAGUCCCUGAUCAGGAGCAUCGCCGUUAUCCAUGCCUCAGAUGCUGCAGCUUGCAAUGUCGCUAUCAAAAUUUUGAGCCCAAGGCUGGACAGACCAAGCUUACGUUACAGCAAAGCCUUCUACAUGGACAUUUAUAACAGUCCCUUGAUGCUUGGUGCUGCUGCCAGCGCUUUCUACAUCAAUGAUGCUGCCACCAUUCUGCCCAGAUCUCUUGUGGCUAAGACCAGUGCCUACUUUGCUGGAGCUGCUGCUGAUGUUCUAGAGGUUGGAGUAAGGACUGAGGGACUUCAAGAGGCUCUUCUGAAAAACCCUGCAAUUAUUGACGAUGCUGACAGGAUGACCAAGAUGAAACGUGUCAUUAAGGCUCUCUCUGAGUGGAGGUCUCAACCUACCAGCACACCACUGGCCUCUGCUUAUGUCAAACUCUUCGGACAAGAAAUUGCCUUCGCCAACAUUGACAAAGUCUGGAUCGACCAGGCCAUUGCGCUCAUCACUGGACCCUCUGCUCAGGCAUUAGGUAACAAUGCCGUCAAGGCUCUGCUGUCUGGGGUUUCCUUCCACUUAGCUAAGUCUCUGCUGGCCUCUGAGGUGAGGCGUAUCCUGCCUACUGCUGCUGGUCUUCCAAUAGAGCUCAGUCUGUACACUGCUGCUGUGGCUGCUGCAGAUGUUCAAGUCAAAGCCACCGCAACACCAGCUUUGCCAGAAAACUUCCAUCUUGCUCACCUUCUGAAGGCAAACAUUCAAAUUGAGAGUGACAUCAGACCAAGUGUUGCUGUGAAUACAUUUGCUGUGAUGGGAGUAAACACCGCCAUAGUCCAGGCUGCUGUGUUAGCAAGAGCUAAAUUCAACUCUGUUAUGCCAGCCAAAAUCGCUGCAAGACUUCACAUCAGUGAGGGCCACUUUAGGAUCGAAGCUCUGCCUGUUUCUGUGCCUGAACACGUUGCAGCUGUGCAGGUUGAGACUUUUGCUGUGGUAAGAAAUAUUGAGGAUCUUGCUGGUGCAAGAAUCACUCCCAUGAUCCCUGCCAAAGUCUUGGAGCACGUCUCACGUGAGACUGCGUCAUCUGCUGCUAGUUCAUCAAUAUCCUCAGGGAUCACUCACCAAGAUGCAGCAGCUGCCAGGCCCAUCAUACAACGCAGAGUAGCUAAAUUUGAGAAGAAGUUCUGUGCUAAAGCUGUUGCCAUUGGAGUUAGGGGUUGUUUCAUGGUUACCACUGAAAACGCUAAUUUCAUCAGGGACAUUGCACUGUACAAACUGGCUGGAAGGCACUCUGUUGCUCUUUCUAUCAAACAAAUUGAAGAUGAUGCCAUUGAAAGACUCCAGGUGGAGGUUCAAGUUGGACCAAAGGCUGCAGAGAAGCUCAUCAAACAGAUUAACCUAAACGAAGAAGUUGUUGAGGGAAGACCAGUCUUGAUGAAGCUCAAGAAAAUCCUGGCUCCUCGUUUGAAGAAUGCCACCUCCUCCUCCUCCUCCUCUAGCUCAAGACAGAGUUCCAGUUCCUCUUCUUCCUCGUCCAGCUCCUCGUCUUCCUCUUCCAAAUCCUCUUCCUCCUCUUCCCGCUCCAGCUCUGCAUCUAACCUUGAGUUGCUCUUCAGAGCUAGCUCAAGUUCCUCUAGCUCUGAAGAGAAACUCAAGUUGCUCUUCAGAGCUAGCUCAAGUUCCUCUAGCUCUACUGCUCGUCAGGUAAACACCUCAAAAUUGUUUUCUGAUCUGUGUCUCCAUUUCAUGGUAAGCGUGGAAUCUGACAAAAAAAUCUCUUUUGAACAGCAAGUGCUUCAUAGCCACAGGUUCCAGAAGAACAAUAGGAAGCAGCCUCACACCUCCCGAUCCACCGCAACAGCCGUUUCCAGAAGCAGAAGCAGUGACUCAAGCUUUGAAGCCAUCUACAGAAAGAACAUAUUCCUUGGCAAUGAAGUUGACCCUAACAUUGCCAUCAUCUUCAGCGCUAUCAGAGCUGACAAAAAGAUGCAGGGAUACCAAAUGGGAGUCUACUUGGACAAAGCGACUGCCAGACUUCAGAUUAUAAUGGCUGCCUUGGCCGCUGAUGACAACUGGAAGUUAUGCGCUGAUGGAGUUCUGCUUAGCAUGCAAAAAGUCACAGCUAAAGUCGCCUGGGGAGCAAAAUGUAAGCAGUACAACACCAUGAUCACAGCCGAGACUGGUCUUGUUGGUCCGAGCCCUGCAGCUCGCCUCAAAGUGACCUGGGAUAAAGUACCCUCUUCCUUCAGACGCUAUGCACACAGGGCGUAUAAUUACAUUCCUGCUUCCGUGAUGGCUGGCUUGAUUAAAGGAAAGGAUGAAAACAGAGCCAAGCAGCUUUCACUUACAGUGGUUGCCAUAUCGGACAGGACCCUUGACGUCAUUUUGAAAAUUCCAGUAAAUACUGUGUAUAAGAUGGCUUUGCAUCUUCCCAUUGCUCUGCCACUUGAUGGAAUCACAGGUCUCACCCCCUUCGAUGACAUUGCUGAUAAAGUCCAUUACUUGUUUGCAAAGGCUGGCGCAGCUGAAUGUAGCUUCAACAAAAACAUACUGACCACAUUCAACGGCAGGAAGUACAAGAACGAGAUGCCGUUGUCUUGCUACCAAGUUCUGGCACAGGAUUGCACAGAUGAGCUGAAAUUCAUGGUUCUGCUGAAGAAUGAUCACAUUGAACAAAACCAAAUCAAUGUGAAACUUGCUAAUAUAGAUAUUGAUCUGUACCCGAAGAAUAGUGACGUGAUGGUGAAAGUCAAUGGAAUGGACAUACCCAUCAACAACCUGCCAUACCAGCACCCCACAGCUAACAUCCAGAUCAGGCAAAAUGGUGCAGGCAUCUCUGUGUACGCUCCCAGCCAUGGUCUUGUUGAGGUCUACUUAGACAGGAACUCAUUUAUGGUUAAAGUUGUGGACUGGAUGAAGGGACAGACCUGUGGACUCUGUGGAAGGGCUGAUGGGGAAUUCAGACAGGAGUACCGCACACCCAACGGACGAGUGACCAAGAGUGCAGUCAGCUACGCUCAUUCCUGGGUUCUGCCAGCUGAGAGCUGCAGGGACUCCACUGAGUGCCGUAUGAAGCAUGAAACUGUGAAACUGGAGAAGCAGGUUAACGUCCAUGGCCAGGACUCCAUAUGCCACUCUGUCGAGCCGGUGCUGCGCUGCCUGCCCGGCUGCUUCCCUGUGAAGACCACCUCCGUCACUGUUGGCUUCCACUGCCUGCCUGCUGGUUCUGCCCUGAAUCGCCUCAACAGUCAGAGCAGCACCUACGAUAACAGCGUGGACAUGAGGGAUGCAGCAGAAGCCCACCUAGCCUGCAGCUGCACCACUCAGUGCGCUUAAUGACACUCACAUCAUGUGUACUUGUUGAACGUAAUUUUGAAUACAAACAAAUUCAUAAAGUUAUUUUCAAUUAUGGCAACUUCAUAAAGAAUUACUUAAAGGAAAAAUGCACAACAUUAUGAUAAAUGUCCCUCGAUCCUGAGCUUGGCUGAAUUUUGGUGAUGUGAGAAUGGUCAGACCACAUUAUAAUAAUGUUGAGAUGUUGCUUUUGUGAACAACUGAAACUGUUGCUUUUUGCUUUUAAUGUAACUGUUUUAUACCAUUAUUGCUAAAUAAAUAAAAAUGUCAAUGUUGCAAAGAA